CUUAAACCCUAAACCCAUUUCCGACGAUCUUCCCCCCUCGCUUCUCCGCGACAUUAUCAAAGCUAUCAGGUUUUCAGGAAAAGAUGAAUCUCAACAACGUGAAAGUUCCGAAGGUGCCAGGUGGAGGUGCUGUAUCUGCGUUGCUUAAGGUUGGGAUUAUUGGUGGGCUUGGUCUCUACGGUGCCACUCACAGUCUCUACAAUGUCGAUGGAGGUCAUCGUGCCAUCAUGUUCAACCGUUUAGUCGGUGUUAAAGACAAGGUUUACCCUGAGGGUACACACCUGAUGGUUCCUUGGUUUGAAAGGCCGGUCAUCUAUGACGUUCGUGCUCGACCUUACCUUGUUGAGAGUACAUCCGGAAGCCGUGAUCUCCAGAUGGUGAAAAUUGGGCUAAGGGUUCUCACGCGUCCCAUGGCAGAUCAGUUACCUGAGAUCUACAGAACCCUUGGUGAGAACUACAGCGAGAGAGUUCUGCCUUCUAUAAUCCACGAGACUUUGAAAGCUGUUGUUGCUCAGUACAACGCAAGCCAGCUUAUCACUCAGAGAGAGGCGGUCAGUAGGGAGAUCAGGAAGAUUCUGACUCAACGAGCAACAAACUUCAACAUUGCGCUUGACGAUGUGUCCAUCACGACCCUGACAUUUGGGAAAGAGUUCACUGCUGCCAUUGAAGCAAAGCAGGUGGCGGCUCAAGAAGCUGAGAGGGCUAAGUUCAUUGUUGAGAAGGCCGAACAAGACAAGAAAAGUGCAGUUAUCCGCGCCCAGGGAGAAGCCAAGAGUGCUCAGCUCAUAGGUCAAGCAAUUGCAAACAACCAAGCGUUCAUAACGCUCAGGAAGAUAGAGGCGGCAAGAGAGAUUGCUCAAACCAUAGCAAACUCGGCCAACAAGGUGUACCUGAGCUCUGAUGAUCUUUUGCUUAACCUGCAGGCGAUGAAUUUGGAAGUGGAUCCAAAGAAGUAGAGAGGCUUCUUAAGUAAAACUCUCAUGUGGGUUGUGUCAGUCUUUUCAAUUCCUCGCAUCGUUUGGAUCAAAAGCUUAGAUAUUUGGAUUGUUAUAUACCUUUUAAGUUGUUCUUGGGACUCAUUAUCCCAUUAAAAAAAAAGGAAGAAGAGACUUUGCUGAAUGAGUCAAUUGUAAUAAACAUGUCGUUCGGGAGAGAUUAAAAAAAGUAUUGAGACUUGCAUUUGGA